AAAAUCUUAAAAAAUAAAUAAAUAAAUAAAUUUUGGGUAUGAAUUAGUUCAGGCCUAUCCAAACAUGACUUUAAAAGGCAAAGUUACGGCAAAAUUAAGGCAAAACCCCAUACCAAAUCAAGGGAGACACCAAAUCAAGUGAGACAGCAGCCGCCUCUGCUGACUCAUCUCUUCUUCUCUUUGGCCUAUUCAAAACCCUAACCAUAAAGUUGGGAUCUUUCUCCAGUGGAGAGCCAUGGCCAUGGCCUCCUCGUCCUCCAUCUCCGCCUCCAGGCCUAGACCCUCACUCUUCUCCCCCAAAACCCUAGUCGGCCAAAUCCCUGCAACCCUUCUACCCAGAUCCAUUCCAAACCCUAAUCUCACAUCCAUCGCCAUUUCCAACUCCAGAUCCUCGCCUUUGCCUCUCAAAUACUCCACAUCGCCCUCAGAGCUCGCCGUGGCUACUCCCUCCGUAACCCUAAAACCUCGCCUCGCUGCCGGAGAGACACUCUAUGGUCUUUUCCUCUUGAGCUCGUCCCCAACCCUCGCCGAGAUCGCUGGCCUCGCCGGCUAUGACUACGUUGUCAUUGACGUUGAACACGGGGCUGGUGGCAUCUCCGAUGCCCUCCCUUGCAUCCGCGCUCUCGCCGCCACCCGCACCGCGGCAAUCAUCCGCGUCCCGGAGCCAACCGCAGCCCUAACCAAGAAAGCUCUAGAUCUCGGUCCGCAGGGCAUCAUGUUCCCCUCCGUCGAGAACCCCGAAGCCGCAGCGCUUGCCGUCUCCUACUGCCGUUUCCCACCCCGCGGAAUCCGCGGCACCGCUCACCCCGUCGUCCGCGCCUCCGGCUACGGCAUCGACGACGGUUACCUCUCCCGAUACGAGGAGGAUCUACUGAUCAUGGUGCAAGUGGAAACAGCGGCAGGGGUGAGCCAGAUCGAGGCGAUUGCUGGCAUCGAGGGCGUGGACUGCGUGCAGAUGGGGCCGCUGGAUCUGAGCGCGAGCAUGGGGUUGUUGUGGGAUCCGGGGAACAAGAAGGUGAGGACGGUGUUGAGGGAGGCGGAGGGAAGGGUGCUGAGGAUGGGGAGAGAGGAUCGGAGAGGGCCAUGGCUGGGAGGGUUCGCGAUGCCGCACGAUGGACCGGUGGAGCUGAAAGCGAGGGGGUACCAUAUGGUGGCCGGAGCAGUGGAUAUAGGAAUGUUCAGGGAGGCGGCGGUGGAGGACGUGCUCCGAUUCCGGCGAGCGGAGGUGGAGAUCGGGGAGGAAGAGGACGAUGGAGAGAAGCCAGGUGACGCCGAGUAUUGGAGCGAGUGAACUCAGAUAUAAAUCGUUCUUUUUUCUUUUUUUUUUUGGGUUAAUUUUUUUUUUAAUAAGAAAAUUUAAUAAAUGUGUUUUGUUUUCUAUAUAUUCUUACGUAUUUGGAUAAAUAUUAAAUAUUAUAUAUAUAUAUAUAGAAAACAUCUGCUACGGACAUUUGCAGGUCAGACAGUGCUAAAUAUGAUCCUACAGUGAGACAUAAUCAAAGGUUAACGGGUUCAUUAGUUUUCAUUUAGUUUAUAGUUUAGUUGGUGUAGGUGUUGUAGAAAUAUGGUUGGUUGGUUUAAAUUUAUUAUUUUUCAUUAUGUUGUUAUUUAUAAGGGGAUAGUUUCAUUGGUGACCACAAAUGUUUUUAAGUUAUAACGCUAUGGCCACAAGUCUU